GCUCAGUCCAGUACAGUGGAAUCCGCGGGCAAAGAGGCAGCUGAAGUACAAGAUGGGGCCAUCAUGCACUUCGUUGUGGAGGAUGGAGUGAGUUCGCUUGGCCUCGCUUUUUCCGACGUGCCACCCUCGCCUGUCAUCAUCUCCAAGGCACGACACACCGAACGUCAGCUUCCCACGAAGAGUUGUGAGGGCUACCAGUGGUUUGACAUCUGCCUGUCAUUUUGUGGCUUGUGA